AUGGUCGCACAGUCGCAGACCUGCGCGCAGUACGAGGUCCUGCAUACUACACCGCCAUGCUGUGAGGCGACCUGUGAAGUCGAUUGCUGCCGCGUGGUUUGUCCUAAAAUGCUCAUCUACGAGCCAACCUGCGUGUGUCUGGAGGGAUACGUGAGGCACCAAGGACAAUGCAUCCUGAAAUCGAGCUGUCCGGCUCUGCCGUUGCCAUCGUCCCCCAAACCAGUCUACCCAUCUUCACCUCCACCAUACCUUCCCUAUACGACUACUCCAGCGCCUUACACUACUACUCGUCCUCCCUGUACAAGUAAGCCACCCUGUCCUACGACACGUAAACCAUGUCCGAGCUUCAUGACCACACCAUAUCCGGUAACGGUGACACCUCUCUACCAACCGACCUCCACACCGUAUCCUUUGGCUACCACAACGCCCUGUUCAGUACCUCUUAAACCAUGCGCAGCCUGCGAAGAGCUGGUGUUUGUUAAACCCUGCUGCGAACCGACGUGCGAUUUGUUGGAUUGCUCGGGCGCCUCCUGUCCGCUGUUGCUGGUGGAACAACCGACCUGCGCCUGCCGGGCCGGGCUGGUCCGGUUCCAGGGCCACUGCAUAGAGCCCUCCGCCUGUCCGAGGAGUGUCGCCCGGUACCGUCUCUACGUUCCAGUUGCGGCCCAAUGUCUGCAGUGCAACAGCAAGUGA